ACUGCGGUCCUCCGUGAGAGUGCGCGCGUUGCUAGCUGCUCAAGGGGUUCUUUGGCUUUUUUUCUUCUUUCGGCACUUCCAACCUCAUUCCUCAAUAUGAAGGCGCUGAGCCCGGUGCGCGGCUGCUACGAGGCGGUGUGCUGCCUGUCGGAACGCAGCCUAGCCAUCGCGCGGGGCCGCGGCAAGAGCCCGGCAGCUGAGGAGCCGCUGAGCCUGCUUGACGACAUGAACCACUGCUACUCGCGUCUGCGGGAACUGGUACCCGGAGUCCCGCGAGGCACUCAGCUUAGCCAGGUGGAAAUCCUGCAGCGCGUCAUCGACUACAUCCUCGACCUUCAGGUGGUCCUGGCCGAGCCCGCUCCUGGACCCCCAGACGGCCCGCAUCUUCCCAUCCAGACAGCCGAGCUUGCUCCGGAACUUGUGAUCUCCAACGACCAGAGGAGCUUCUGCCACUGACCUGGACGUCCUGGCGCCUCCAGAACGCAGGUGCUGGCGCCCGUUCCGCCUGGGACCCGGGACCCUCUACGGCCGGAAGCCCGAGGGCAUGGAUGGGCCCCAACCUCGCCCUGCCCACUUGACUUCCCCAAACCCCUGCCUCGAGGCUGGACCUGCGCCCGGGAGCGAAGGACUGUGAACUUGGGUGGCCUAAAGAGCCAGAGCUAGCUCUGGGCACCAGCUGGGCAACCUCCCCCAGCCCUCACCCCACCCCCAAGUUUAAAGACUGUCUUUCAGUGUGUGGAGGUGUAUGGGGGGCGGGGCUGGCUGCUCUCCAAACUCUGGCAAGGCAGCGGUAGAGCUGGUCUUCUGGUCUCCUUGGAGAACGGCUCUGUUGCCCUGAUUAUGAACUCUAUAAUAGAGUAUUUAGCUUUUGUACCUUUUUUGCAGGAAGGUGACUUUCUGUAACCAUGCGAUGUAUAUUAAACUUUUUAUAAAAGUUAACAUUUUGCAUAAUAAACGGUUUUUAAACA